GACGUCAUCAGAAGCGGCGAGCUAGCCAGUUGUUUUGGAAGAAGAAGAAAAAAAAGAAGUAGAAGAAGAAGAAGAAAACACCGGAUUUGUUUGUUUCUGCUUUAGUUUGUUUAUUAAAUAAAAUACGAUGUCGACACCGGCACGGAGACGGCUUAUGAGAGAUUUUAAAAGAAACGUCGGAGCUGAACGAUUUGGGGAAAAAACUGAUACGGCUCCUGAAGUCUGAGUUCCAGUUCUUCUAUACCGAGCACAGCGGCCUCAUCACCUCCUCUGCACCAGAGAGACGUGGAGCGUCCACGGCGCUCCUGGACCGGGCUCCGGUGCCGGUCCUCUGGUUUUGGUUAAGAUCGGCGACGUAGAGCCGACGCACGCGCUCGUCGAAGGAAUCCGGGAGCUUUUAUUUUGAAGGACUUCAGGAAGACCCCCCCACCGGUGUGAGCGGAGCGCCGUCGGAGAACAACAUCAUGCUUUGGAACGCAGUUAUUUUUGGGCCCGUGGCAACACCGUUUGAAGACGGAACGUUUAAGCUGCUGAUAGAGUUUUCCGAGGAGUAUCCAAACAAGCCUCCCACAGUUCGGUUCGUCUCCAGAAUGUUUCACCCAAAUGUGUACGCAGAUGGCAGCAUAUGUUUAGACAUCCUUCAGAACCGCUGGAGCCCCACGUACGACGUGUCGUCCAUACUCACCUCCAUCCAGUCGUUGCUGGACGAGCCGAACCCCAACAGCCCGGCCAACAGCCAGGCCGCGCAGCUCUACCAGGAAAACAAGCGCGAGUACGAGAAGAGGGUGACGGCCAUCGUGGAGCAGAGCUGGGUGGACGUGUGAGCUCCUCCUCUUCAUCACAGUACUCCACUCUUUCAUUUUUACCUCCAUCGAGAAAGAAGGAAAAUAAAUAAACAACAGCAACUAUAUCAGAGGAACUCAAGUGCCACCCGAGGAAUAACAAUAAUAAUAAUAAUAAAAAACAACCGACCCAGAAUGGACGUCGCCGCGCUCGCCAAUUCAUCCGAAGGGAAAACAAAACGAAGGCGGUUCAAUCAAUCUUGUGUUUCUUGUCCUUCAAUUUUUUUUUUAUUGCAUGAUGUGAAAUAAGUUAUUGCUAACAGAAUUUGUAAUAUAUCUUUGUUUGUUUGGUUGGAUUGAUGCAGUUAGUGUUUGGAGUUUUUACACUUUUUAUUUAAAUGUUCUUUCUGGUAACGGAGAACAACAAUCCCCCUUUCGUAGUUUCACGACGACCAAUCGGAUCGCUUCCAGCACGUCUGAUCUUUUAAAGAGACGCACCGUGUUUCUCUCAUAGGCCUUUUCCUUUUUUUAUUGGUUUGUCACAGAUCAAAGUUUAACUUUGGCGAACAGAAAUUAGAUAAAAGCAGAACGACAGUCGAAUGUUGCGUCCUCAAAAUGACGCUUUUGGACUCUUUUCCCAGAAAGACUCAAUCAAGUCGUCCCGUUUUAUUUUUUUACGUGAAACACAAUUUUAAAAAGCGAGCAUAAUAAACCGCUCCAGAUAAAUAAUCCGGGGUCGGGGGAGGGGGGUCAUCAAAAAAAAAAAGUUCUGCUUUUCUGACAGAGUGAGAGGUCGUGUCGUGGCUCGCGAUUUUAUUUCACCGGAAGAAUAAAAAAAAACCUCAAACAAAGAUUUUUUGAUUUAACAAAACAAAAUGUAUACUUAUAACAAUAUGCUGUAUAAACAUAAUAA